AAAUCCAACUCGAAAUCUCCUAUGCGAUCUUCACUUCCAAAUGGAACCGUGAACCAUCGAUGGUCGGAACCGAUUGGACCUAAACCACGCGCAACAUCAUCCUUCUCAUUUCAUAAUCGCGCUCAACACAAAUUCAAAAUUUUCGGCAAACAAAAAGAAAAGAAAGAACUAAAAAAACCCUUCCGUCUAUUCUUCCCCAAAAUCACUAACCCUACCCGGCAAUUCAAACCAAGCCCGAAAGAAUGCCUCCGAGAAGAUCUGCCGCCGCCGGAGAAGACCAGGGCCCGACGCUGAAGCUAAUCGUGGAAAAGGGACCGCUAUCGGGAACAACAAGAGAGUUCAAGCCGGGAAAAAAGGUCCAGAUCGGCCGCCUUGUCCGCGGCAACUCGCUAACUAUCAGGGACGCCGGAAUCUCCUCCAACCACCUGCUCAUCCAAGCCGAAGAAGCGCCGGAGCCGGACGGCCGGCGCUGGACCAUCUCCGACCUCGAUUCCUCCAACGGCACCAUUCUGAACGGCGCGCGGCUCGAGCCGUUCGAAACGACCGCUCUGUCCCACGGCGACGUUAUAAAAAUCGGCGAGCUAACGUCGAUUACGGUGGAGAUCGUUAGCGGGGCGGAUAACGAAGUCGGUUCUGGGAUGAGGAGGAACCCGCGGCGGCGCGUGAGGGAGCAGCCCGCCGAUUUGGGGGUAAUCGAUGAGUUUGCCGAGCUAGGGUUACAGAAUAAUGUUGACGAGGAGAAAAUCGAAGUUGAGGCGAAGCAGGGGAGGAAUGCGAACACUAGAAAGACUAGAAAUUCGGCGAAAAAUGAGAAUUUGGCGAAGGGUUUGAAUAUUGAAGAGGUUAGAGAUUUGGGGCCUAGUGGAAUCAAAGGAUCGAGAGUAUUAAGCACUAGGAGUACUAGGAGUUCAAGAAAGGAAGAAAAUAUCGACGAAAUUGCAGUUGAUUUGAGCGUAAUCGAGGGCAAGAAGACGACCAGAGGUGGAGGAAGGGUGAAGAAGCUAUUUGUGGAGACUACUUGUGAAGAUACAGAGAAAGAAGAACAAAAUCUGGCGCAUGAAACACGCGAAGAAGAGAAAGAAGGGUCAGAAAUCGAUUUGAACGUUAUUGAGGGCAAGAAGAUGACGAGAGGUAGAGGAAGGGGGAGGCAGAAGCUAUUUGUGGAGACUAUUUGUGAAGAAACAGAGAAGGAAGAACCAAAUCCGCAGCAUGCAGAAGAGAAAGAAAGGUCAGAAAUCAGAGCUGAUGUGCUGAAAAACUCUGGAACAGAAGGUGUUGCUGCUGAAGCCACUACAAGUUCAGUUGAGUCUGGGAAGGGGAAGGGGAAGAUGGUGGCAGAUUUGGAGAAGAUGACGUUGGGUGAAUGGCUCGAUUAUUUGGCGGUAUACGAACCUCAACAAAUCAUUGCUGAGACGGAGGAGAUGCUCGCUGAGAUGAGGCAAAAAGCGGAGAUGUGUCACGAGUUCAUGUUGCAGCAGAAGAAGAAAGUGCAAGGAUCUUAAAGUUGAAGCUUUUAUGCUAAUGUAUAUAUUCAGGCGUAGAUGAAUAGUUAUGCUAGAUUAGCUUUUCUGGUAAUGUAUAUAUUCAUCUAUAGAUGAAUUGAUUCCCUAGAUUUUGCUAGAUUAGCUUUUCUGUUGUAGAUAUUCUGAAUUCCUAAUUUAGUUUCCCAUCUAUAUGAAGUAGUUGAAAUCACAUGAA